CUUAUAACUUCCCUUCUGCUUAUGAGCUGCAACUCUCUGUACAAUUUCCAAAGGCUGCAACCCAAAUAACAAUGAUUGUAUUCACAUAUCACAAUUUUGCACAAAUUUUUGGCUUAUCUUUUUUUGUUUUAAGCUGUCAUCAUUUGUUUUCUCAUUGUGUUUUCUAUCUUUCUUUCCAUGUACUCUAUUUUUCGUGUCUAAAAAAUUGCACUCACCCACUGACAAAAAAAAAAAAAAAAAAAUUCUAUCCAAAAAGAUUGUUAAGCAACUCUUUGAUGUUUCAUAUGUAGAUGUCAAAACUAUAUGCUCUUAUGGAAGAGUUGAAAGUGAAUCAGUUAGCGUUGAAGAAUGAUAUGGAGCAAAACAUAAGCGAGUUGAGGAGAUCGCUAGAUUCUUUAACUGACUGGUUGAUGGAGAAGUUUGCUACCAUCAGACCUGGUGAUCCCUGCAAAAGUGGUAUGAAGCACAACAAAGACAAGGGAGUGGAGGUUAUUAACAUCAGCACGGAUAGCUCAUGCUCCUUGUCAAGAACCACUGCACCCAAGAUGUCAGACAAAGCUGCAAGUGCAAGGAAAAAGGGAAAGGUUUGCGUGAAGCCGCCUAUCAAAGUGAGAAGUCCCAUUUUGACAAGGAGAUACAAUGAAAUGAGAAAUAAAAAAAUGUAUUCCAUUGGGCCCUUUACAACUUCCUCUCGUGCAUGCCCAAUGGAUCUGAUUUUGAUAACGCAUGUGUUUGACCAGUCAAAAGACCAGUGUGAGGAGCUUGUAAGAUCUCCAUGGUUUAAUCUGAAUCGGGCACAAUUUAAGGGAUUAGCACCAGAUUUAAUGUUGUCUUCUCAGGUUAUUACCAUGUGUGUGGACUUCUUAACUCUAGAAGAGUUUCGUAAGGAAAAACGUGUGCGAUGGUUCUUACCACCAGCCUUUUCUAUGUCUGUGUGUGGAUAUUCUGAGGAGAAGAUUAGACGCGUGACUGUUCAGAAGAUUUCAUCGACUGCGAAAGCACUAGACUCUCUGGUUAUGGUCAAGAUUAUUAAAAAGUUGGAGGUCAACUUGCUGGAAUCUUUCACUACUGAAAUAGUGGUUAACGCUCUACGACAGAAGAAUGGGGUUGACUGUGGUCUUUUCGUGGCGAAGUUGAUGAGAAACAGUGGGUGCUUAGAUGAUUGUGCACGUAAAAUGAAGAAGAAGGCCAGUUUCUUCCCAACUUUCUCAUCUCUUGAGUUUUGAUAUUUUUCUUAUACCUUUUGUUUUCGUUUCUACUUUCAGUUUGAGAGUCAAGAUGAGAGGCUUGAUCUAGCAUUGUAUUUACUGAAUAACAAGGAGAAUUAGAUUAUAGAUGUGCUUCACCGGAAAGUUGUAAUGGAAAGUGGUGAAAGAAUUGAUGAAGUUGAGGGUACUGCUGAGAGGAGCGAAACACCCAAAAAAGAUGGGAAUUUUACUACUUAUAAGCUGUAGUUGGUUUUCCUUGUUCAAUAAUUAUAGACUCUUUAGAAGAAUAAACAUGGCUAGGCUAU